AGGUGUGUGACGAGUUUGCUGGUUUCCUCCCUCUGACUGUAGGUGAUUCAAGCCUUUAGCUACUUUUAAUGGCUGAAUCAGACUUGAAAUGUUAACCUUUUCGGGGUCCAAAACGGAGAAAAAUACUUAAACAAAAAAUUUGACCGUGUGGAUCGAGAGAACGGGGCAAGAGACAGCUCUGCAAGGGACGUGAAAGAAGCUCAAGAUGAUGCGCUUCAUGCUGCUGUUCAGCCGGCAGGGGAAGCUGCGGCUGCAGAAGUGGUACACGGCCACGGCGGAGCGCGACAAGAAGAAGAUGGUGCGCGAGCUCAUGCAGGUGGUGCUGGCGCGCAAGCCCAAGAUGUGCAGCUUUCUGGAGUGGAGAGAUCUGAAGAUUGUGUACAAGAGAUAUGCCAGCCUGUAUUUCUGCUGUGCUGUUGAGGAGCAGGACAACGAGCUCCUCACCCUGGAGAUCAUACACCGCUUUGUGGAGCUGCUGGAUAAGUACUUCGGCAGUGUAUGCGAGCUGGAUAUCAUCUUUAACUUUGAGAAGGCCUACUUCAUCCUGGACGAGUUCCUAAUGGGGGGUGAGAUUCAGGACACGUCCAAGAAGAGCGUCCUGAAGGCCAUCGAGCAGGCCGACCUGCUGCAGGAGGAGGACGAGUCUCCCAGGAGUGUGCUGGAGGAGAUGGGCCUGGCGUAGUCUGCAAGGCUGGGCAUGGAGACCAUAAAAGGAAAAGGAGGGAGGAGCCUCAGUCCUGCGUAGGGAGGAGUUUGGGUUGUGGGGGAUCUGAAACAAUGGAGGUCAUUGAAGACAUAAGAAAUGGAAGAAGCUGGAGAUUCAAGAAAACUUGGGAUGAAACUGUGAUACUCUGUAAAAAUAAGGGAUAUUUACACCUGAUUCUUUUCCCUUUGUCUGACAGAAAUGCAGUCAGAUGUCAAUUGUGCCAGUUAUGGCUGGUAUAGAUCUGUUAUGAAAUUUGUUUCCUUGGAUGACUUUACAAUGUCUCCUGAUGAGCAGCUCUCAGCCAGUUCACUUUCCGUACUGGCCUUUUUCUGGGUGAAAGAAGGAAGCUGUCAUGGCUGUCUGCUGGGGACUUGGUGUUUACCUGUAUGUAUGCUGGAAGCCGGAGGUGUGGAACCUAAUCUUGCAUCUUUCAUCAGCAUGAAUGUGGCUUUUCACUCUUUCUUUUCCUCUUUCUUAUCUCACUCUUUCCAAAGAGGAAUUUUGUCUUUUUGCCUGUAAGAUGGCAGUCAGGGAAAGGAAAGACCAAAUAACUAAAACCAAGAGAACAAUAUUUAAAUGUCUACGUUGUAGUGUGCUGGAGUCUUUAGCUGGAUCAGCUUCUGCAUGGGAAACACUGAAUUAGUCGUGUAUUUUCAGUGCAGUGAGGUUUUUUCUUUCAGAUGAGGACUUGAUAUCAGAAUAAUCUGGGUUUGUGGGGAAAAAUGCAAAGUUGGCGCAUGUCUGUGUUAACUGUACAGAAGUUUGGCAACUAAAAAAGGGAAUAAUGUUCAGAUGUAAUUUUUUAAUAUAUAAAUAAAUUAAUGUGUUUUAAAA